UUGUCACUUCUCCAGAGAAGACGCGAGGACUGCGGACUCCUCGGAGGGACUCGACAUGGACUUGGGGACCGGGACAGGAGACCGGGCGCUGACUUACGGAGCGGCGAAGUGAAGACAGGAAGUUUGCGAGCGUGUGCGUGCGUGCGUGUUCGUAGCCUGCAGAGGGGAGGGGGGGGGGGAUGUCGGCCCGAAGCGGAGCGGCUCCUCGGGUCUGCGGCAACCCCAACCUGAUGCUGGUACUGCCCCUCCGGGCCACGGUGCCCUACCAGCUCCUCCUCGGCAGGGAGGGCAAAACGGCUGAGAGGACCUCGUCCCGUCCGCCCAGGCCCGCCAUGCGGCGGACCCUGUCCCUGGACGCCAUCGUGGCGCCCUACUUGCAGGGCCAGUGGCCCAAGGAGGCCGAGGGCCCGGCGGGGACGCGUGUCAGCGACAAAGCCACCCAGACGCCAAACUGCUGGGCGGAGGAGGCGCGCUCGAGGAGAGGCCUCGGAGGACACAAGCGUUCGGCCUCGUGGGGCAGCGCCGAGCACCUGAAGGAGGUGGCCAAACUGCGGCAGCAGCUGCAGAAACGAUCACGCCACGCCGCUCCUUCCGUGUCGGCGCACGAGCUGACGCAUCAUUCCCUGCCGGGAAGUCACGCGGCAGGCGUUACACAGACGACGCUGCUGGCGCCGCUGAGCAGACUAGCCUCACGGCUGCGGCGAAGCGUGGAGGGUCUCAACUUGGAGCUGGAGGAGGUCUUUGUUUCGGAGAAGAGGGACGACCAACAUGAGAUCUUGGACAUCCCGGACGGACACAGGGCUCCUGCUCCGGUGCGGAGAUGCAGCAGCGGCUCCCAGAGCGAGUCGUCUCCCGGGCCCUUGGAUCCGUCCUUGUUGUCUCCUUCUCAGUCGCCGUGUUGUCUGGAUCCAUCCCUCUUGUCUCCGUCUGAUUCGCCGUCUCCCUUGAAUCCGCCGCUUUUCUCCCCGUCUCAGUCGCCGUCCCCCAUCGGAGAUCAAGAGUCUGCUGCCGAUGAGAUCCAGUGUCCAUCUCCUUCCACCAUCUUUUCUCCUUAUGGAGCCGAUCCGCCUCUGCUGCCACCUUGCUCGCCUUCGCCGUGUCCCAACCAAAGCUUCUCCUUCCAGCGUCAGCCGCCGGAAGGCUGCGACCGAGUCCGAGUGUGCGAGGAAUCCACGUCCAGCCGCCGUGACGACGAGCCGCUCCUCCAGCCGACCUGCCCGGACCUCAACAAGGUCAACUUCACCCCGCACGGGGGCUCGGCGUUCUGCCCCGUCAGCCUCCUGAAGCCCCUCCUGCCGUCCAUGGACCUUCUCUUCCGCGGCCUGUCCGUCUCCCCCGUCACUGGCUGCCCGGGUCAGGCCUCCCCCACCAGGCAUCUGGGCAUGCAGUGAGGGCGUGGAACUUGGUGGUGCCUUGCAGGACUAAACCACUUUAAGCAUUACAGGUGGGGGGUGGAGUUCAUGUGUUAAGAAUUGCUUUUUUUAAAUGACUACUGUUUUUUUUUGUUUUUUUUUUUAACCUCACAGGACAAAUCAACAAAUUUCUCUGUUUAUAUGAUUUUUAUUUGCUUUACUCACCCAAAGAAGACUUCUUUUCAAACCAAAAAACGUUAAAAUUGGGAGUUGAUUUCCACUGAAUUGAGUGUUUUGUUCUGUGUGUUUAGCAUUUGAAUGGCACUAACUGGGUAGUGCUCAAAGUCAUUGUACAGUGACAAUAAAAGCCUUUUAUUUUAUUUUAAGGUUUUAACUUUUAACUUUGUGAUCAUGUGUUUGUACACUGUACAUUAAUUUGUUUUUAAUAACUCAAAAAAAUGCUUUUUGUUGGUCGACUGUCGUGUCAAAGAUGUAAAUGACCAUACUGGAUAGUACAAACCCCGCCCUUUUCAAAGAUAUCCACUCUAUGAUUGGUCAAGAGAAUAAUGCCUGUGUUGUGUGGACCAAUAGAUUCAAUCCACAUACGGAGACGACAGAAGCCAAUGCGACGUUUUUGAGAAAGGACCACAUUUUCUUUAUAGCUGCCCUGAAACAUUGCCAUGAUACAAAUAUAUACUCAAAUAUUUAAAAACAUACGUAAUACCCAAUGGAUGGUAUUAUAAAUAUAUACAUAACGUCAAUGUAAAUAGUGUAAAAUGUGGUUUGUAUUCAACAUUAAAUCA